GUGUGCAGGGCCAGCGCGGAGCCGGAGCAGUCGCUGUGAAGCUCCUGGGUUCCACCGAGACCGCUGCGCCCGCUCCUCGCCUCGGCCGCCGCAGUUUCAAAGCCGUCGCCGCCACCCCUCCGCUGCCGCCGGAGGAGCGGCCGCCUAUUGUCUUUCUCCGCGACGAAGGUGCGGAGCUGCUCCGGCUUGGCCCGCGGGGGAGCCCCGGGCGCCUCACGUGUCUUGGGUCAUGAAACUUAAUCCACAGCAAGCUCCAUUAUAUGGUGAUUGUGUUGUUACUGUACUGCUCGCUGAAGAGGACAAAAUUGAGGAUGAUGUAGUUUUUUACUUGGUAUUUUCGGGUUCCACCCUCCAUCACUGUACAAGUACUCGGAAGGUCAGUUCUGAUACGCUGGAGACCAUUGCUCCUGGUCAUGACUGCUGCGAGACAGUGAAGGUGCUACUCUGUGCUUCCAAAGAAGGCCUGCCUGUGUUUGUGGUGGCGGAAGAAGACUUCCAGUUCAUCCAGGACGAGGCCUACGAUGCAGCCCAGUUCCUGGCAACCAGUGCUGGAAAUCAGCAGGCUCUGAACUUCACCCGUUUCCUGGACCGGUCAGGACCCCCAUCCACGGAUGUGAAUUCCCUUGAUGAGAAGGUUGCCCUGGCCUUCAGGCACCUGAAGCUGCCGGCGGAAUGGAAUGUGUUGGGGACACAUGUGACUUCGCAUGAUGGUGGUCCCCGAGAGACAUUGAUGCAUUUUGCUGUGCGGCUGGGGCUGCUGAGGUUGACGUGGUUCCUGUUGCAGAAGCCAGGUGGCCGUGGAGCUCUCAGCAUCCACAACCAGGAAGGAGCGACACCUGUGAGCUUGGCCUUGGAACGGGGUUAUCACAAGCUGCACCGGCUUCUUACGGAGGAGGAUGCUGGAGAACCAGACUCCUGGAGCAGUUUAUCCUAUGAAAUCCCUUAUGGAGACUGUUCUGUGAGGCAUCACCGAGAGUUGGACAUCUAUACGUUAACCUCUGAGUCUGAACCACACCAGGAGCCCCCGCUUCCUGGAGACAGCUGCACUGGACAUAUUUUUAAACUUAUGAACAUCCAACAGGAGCUAAUGAAAAGAAACCUCAAACAGAUGGAUAGUCUUAUGCCCUCAGUGGUGACUGCACAAGAACCUUCAAGUCUGCCCAGUGACCAAGAUACAGAUGGUCAGUUUCUUCCCACUGCAUCAGAGCCCGCAGCCAGCCAGCAGCUUGCUCCUCCUGAAGAUGCUGAGAACUCUCCAUACUGCCAGGGGAGCUCUGUGGGGCAGAUUGAAAGUUCCUAUGAUUUGUCAAGUGUGGUUAAGAGAGAGACUACAGACUCUUCCUGUAGGAAGAAAAAUAUGGGCAUGGAGAGAAAAGGAGACGAGGUGGCGCCAGCACCUAUCGUGGACUCUGGGACUGCGUCUGAUCCCACCAGCUGCCUUCAGAGCACGCCUGAUUGUGGAGGAAAGGGCACAGAAGGCCUUCCAUCCUGUGGAGUCAGAAAUGAAGAAACUGGAACAAAAUCUUCGGCAGUGGCCACAGAUCAGGAGUGUCCAGGCAGUGGAGGCAGCGUUCUGCAGGGAGGUGUGGCCCAGCCUUUCUCUGGAGGUGAACUGGUGGUCACGUCACUAGCAGGUGCCAGCGUACCAGAGAUUGCGGGGGAGGUGGAAGGUGGUCUCAUGAACCCAGAUGCCACCAUCCAGAGGAAUGUGCUUAAAGCAGGGGAGAGUAUAAAGGGAAGAUCUGAGAACUCAAAUAUGAGCACAGCUGGAGCCUCUGACAUAAAAGUCACAAAUGAGCCUGUGGGUGAAGCCAGCGUUCCCAACAGUGUCUCUGCCGCUGGUUCCCUGAAUGCUGACAAACCUGCCGAAUCGUUACUUGCAGUUAGUAAUGGAGAAACCGCCAUUGAGAAGACUGCAGAAACGGAAACUUCUGCAAGUUGUGAAGGGAGUGCUGACACUCCAGGAGCUCAGGACACUCAGUUAAUUCCAGCUGCUGCAAAAGAUGAGAUUUCAGGAGGGCUUGAACCUGUCACUCCCUUAGCCAGCAUGUGUGUAGCGGUGUCACCCUCUGAUUUAGCCUUUCCCAGGCCACAAGAAGAUGUUAUGCCAAACCAGAAAUCAGAAAUGGAUUCAUCUUGUGUUAAAAGCCCAAACAGCAAAUCACCCAUCUGUUCUACAAGUGGAGAUGAUAAACUUUGUGCUGGCUCUGCAUGUGGACAGAACACAGGGACUUCUAGUGGUCUGUUGGCUACAGAACACUUUGAUGACAUAGUUACCCAGCCUGAAAGCACCACCACAGGACUGCUCAGCACACAACCCCCGCCCACUGCUAGCUGCUCGGAAGGCCCACAGGCUAACACAGCCACCCUGGACCCUGUUAGAGACACCCAAAAACAUGCGGAUUUCUGUCCUCUCCAAGUUUCACAUAAAGAAAGCCAAGGAGAUUUGAAACUAGAAACAUCUUUAGCAAAUAUGCUUGAGGUGGUACCACAUCCACAUGCUCUUGUCCCCAGAGUUGAAAAAGAAUGGGUGUCAGACCAGGCGGUAACAUCAGGCAGGACUUUCUCUCUGGCAAGCAGUCGCGGCAGUGAAUCAGUAACCAGAGGUGACGCACUUUCUCUUGUCCCCUCCCAGAAUGAAAAAGGAACAGCAGCUCUUGAACCACAUACAGAUUGUAGGGAUGGCCCAGACGGAGAUUCGAAUGAUCCGGAGAAGCAGCCACCAGAGGACAGUGCAGGGGGCCUGUGCACACCCUCCUCUGCUCUAGAUCUUCAGCCCAGCAUGGGGAAUACCAGUCCUGUAGGACCUGGUGGGGAGCAUGAGCAUCCCUGCCUCUCAGCAGCCCCUAAAGUCCCGAAUAUUGAGGGGGCCACUGACUCUUCCCUGCUCCAUGUGGGUCAGGUCCAUUUGGCCUCUGAUUCCAUUUUGACUGAAGAAGGAAAAAAUCAGGUGGUUCCAGAGAACCCUGCCACUCAGGGACCAGAAGACAAGGAUAAAGCAGUGACCUGUUCCUCCAUUAAGGACGACUCUCUUUGUUCAGGAACGUUGCAAGAAGAGCAAAGAACAGCAUCUCUUGGGCAAGAGGCCCUGGGAUUCCAUGAAGAACCUGGCUCAGCUGCCUGUACUGAGGUCAGAGCUCCUCAGCACGGUAAUUCGCUGGGCACACCCUUGGCCUGUCUUCAUGCAGAAACUAAACAUAACAAGGAAGUGGCCUCAUCAGACACACAGCUGACUGAAGGUGGGGCUGCACAGAGCCUGGUGCCACCAGGAGCAAGUCUUGCUGCAGACUCAAGCCAGGAAGCCUCGGGUACAGAGCAGGACAGCUCACCUCCAUUGCCAAGUCUGUUACUAGAUGGGUCCAAGGCUCUUAAUUGCGAUCCAUCUCCUGCUCUGAAUGUUGAGGUGAAAAACACUCAGUCCCAGGGGAAGACCACUGCCUGUGAGGUGAGUGGAAAUGUGGCAUUGGAUGGAGCGGUGGUCAGCACUCUGCAAGGAACCAUUGGGGCCGGGAGAAAGGAUGUACCACACAAUGUCCAAGACGUCCAGGUUCCACAGGUCUCCUUGAGCCAGGAGAAGAAUAUGAUCCUGGGUUUGCCGGGAGCUUUACCGGACAAAGGCGUGACUGGCCCCCAGAGUGUCACUCCCCCAGAGGUGAUGUCUCUGGGUUUGGAGAAGGAGAAGGUGGAGCGAACAGACGGCAGCUGUAGCACAGGCGACUCCAAGGAGGUACCGGUGGAUGAGGAAGCGCAUCAUGUCCCGCUCCAGGGCACCACAGAGACAGAGCUCUCAAGCUGUGGUGACAAGGCCCCGGGCAGGGGAAGGGGUGCUACCCUUCUGCCCUGCAGCGUCUCUGCUGAAGCCGAGCAUCUGCCUGAGAGAGCAGACUCGAUUGAGGAGGCUGCGAGUCGCAUAGUGGAUGCUGUCAUAGAACGAGUCAAGGCCUCGGGAGCCCUGAUGACCGAGGGGGAAAUCAGUCACGUGUCACUGCCCUGUCCUUACGAGUCGGGCCCAGGGACUGAACAGCUAGAGAGUGCUUCUGCAGGGAAGGCAAGUACUUUCCAGCCUGUGGAGACCCCGCCAAUGGGCAGUAAUUGUGGAGAAGCCUCUGGGUACCUUGCAGGAUGCUUUGCUGGAAGGGAGGAACCAGAGAAGAUUACUCUGCCUGUCCAGGGACCGGCACCGGUAACAGAAAUGCCAGACACGAAAGCUGAAGAUGAAGUGGAUUUUCUGAGUAAUACCAGGGAGAAUUCAGUUUCUGAAGAGGUGGCUGUAGGAAACAUAGCUUCUACACCGGAGGUGAAACAAGGCCCAAAGACCCAGGCGAUAAACCGAGAAAGCUGGUGUACCAUUGAGCCAUGCCCUGUUGCAGCAUCUCUUCUGGCUCCCACACAGAGCCCAGAAUGUGAUAACUUCCUGCACGUUGGACUAAGCAAAGACUGUGCCUCAAAACAAGGUGUCCUUAAAAGAGAAUCUGGGAGCGAUUCUGACCUCUUUCACUCACCCAGUGAAGAAGUGGACAGCAUUAUCUUCUCCAAGCCUGAGGAAGAGCAGUUGGCCUGUGAUAUCACUGGAUCUAGUUCUUCCACUGAUGACACAGCAUCCUUGGAUCGACAUUCUUCUCAUGGCAGUGAUGUGUCCCUCCCCCAGAUUUCAAAUUUGAACAGGUCCAGAGACCAGCAAUGUCUUGAUGGUUUCUACAGCCAUGGGGUGGGGGCUGAGGGUCGAGAGAGUGAGAGCGAGCCUGCUGGCUCAGGUGAGAUGGAAGAGGAGGAGAUGGACAGCAUCACCGAAGUGCCUGCAAACUGCUCUGUCCUGAGGAGCUCUAUGCGCUCUCUGUCCCCUUUCCGAAGGCACAGCUGGGGUCCUGGGAAGAAUGCAGCCAGUGAUGCAGAAAUGAACCACCGGAGUUCAAUGCGAGUUCUUGGGGAUGUUGUCAGGAGACCUCCCAUUCAUAGGAGAAGUAUGAGCUGGUGUCCCUCUGGUGUGCAAUACUCUGCUGCCCUGAGUGCUGACUUUAAUUACAGAAGUUUCAGUCUGGAAGGCUUGACAGGAGGAGCUGGUAUUGGAAACAAGCAGCCUUCAUCUCUAGAAGUAAACUCUUCAAACACCAAAGAGCUCAGGCGCCCUUUUAGUGGUGAGGAAAGGGGUGACUCAUUGGUGUCACUUUCAGAAGAGGAUCUGGAAUCAGGCCAGAGAGAACAUAGGAUGUUUGAUCAGCAGACAUGUCACAGAUCUAAGCAGCAGGGAUUUAAUUACUGUACAUCAGGCAUUUCUUCUCCAUUGACAAAAUCCAUCUCGUUAAUGACAAUCAGUCAUCCUGGGUUGGACAAUUCACGGCCCUUCCACACCAGCGCUAAUCUGACUGAGAGUAUAACAGAAGAGAACUUUAAUUUCCUGCCACAAAGCCCCUCCAAGAAAGAUUUUGAAAUAAAGAGUGGAACAAAAGUCAGUCGUACGUUCAGCUACAUCAAGAACAAAAUGUCCAGCAGUAAGAAGAGCAGGGAAAAGGAAAAAGAUAAAAUUAAGGAGAAGGAGAAAGAUUCCAAAGAGAAGGAGAAGGACAAGAAGACUCUGAAUGGGCACACUUUCAGUUCCAUUCCUAUCGUGGGUCCCAUCAGCUGUAGCCAGUGCACGAAGCCUUUCACCAACAAAGACGCCUACACUUGUGCAAAUUGCAGUGCUUUUGUCCACAAAGGCUGUAGAGAAAGUCUGGCCUCCUGUGCAAAGGUGAAAAUGAAGCAGCCCAAAGGGAGCCUUCAGGCACAUGACACGUCCUCACUGCCCACCGUCAUUAUGAGAAACAAGUCCUCCCAGCCCAAGGAGCGCCCUCGGUCCGCAGUCCUCCUGGCCGAUGAAGCCAUUGCCGCCCCCAUGUUUGUUAACAGACGGUCCCAGCAGAGUGUCUCACUCUCCAAAAGUGUCUCCAUUCAGAACAUUGCUGGAGUUGGCAAUGAUGAGAACAUAUCAAACACCUGGAAAUUCCUGUCUCAUUCAACAGACUCACUGAAUAAAAUCAGCAAGGUCAAUGAAUCAACAGAGUCUCUUACUGAUGAGGGAGUAGGUACAGACAUGAAUGAAGGACAGCUAAUGGGAGACUUUGAGAUUGAGUCCAAGCAGCUGGAAGCAGAGUCCUGGAGUCAGAUAGUGGACAGCAAGUUUCUGAAACAGCAGAAGAAAGAUGUGGUCAAACGGCAAGAAGUGAUUUAUGAGCUGAUGCAGACGGAGUUCCACCACCUGCGCACACUCAAGAUCAUGAGUGACGUGUACAGCCGGGGCAUGAUGGCCGACCUGCUCUUCGAGCAGCAGAUGGUGGAGAAGCUCUUCCCCUGUUUGGAUGAGCUGCUCAGUAUCCACAGCCAGUUCUUUCAGAGGAUCCUGGAGCGGAAGAAGGACUCCCUGGUGGAUAAAAGUGAUAAGAACUUUCUCAUCAAGAGGAUCGGGGAUGUGCUUGUGCACCAGUUUUCAGGGGAGAGUGCAGAACGUUUGAAGAAGACGUACGGCAAGUUCUGUGGGCAGCACAACCAGUCUGUGAACUACUUCAAAGACCUUUAUACCAAGGAUAAGCGCUUCCAGGCUUUUGUGAAGAAGAAGAUGAGCAGUGCAGUCGUACGGAGGCUUGGAAUUCCAGAGUGCAUAUUGCUUGUAACCCAGCGGAUCACCAAAUACCCAGUUUUGUUCCAAAGAAUAUUGCAGUGUACCAAAGACAAUGAAGUGGAGCAGAAAGAUCUAGCUCAGUCCCUGGGCCUGGUGAAGGACGUGAUUGGAGCUGUGGACAGCAAAGUGGCAAGUUAUGAAAAGAAGGUCCGUCUAAAUGAGAUUUAUACAAAGACAGAUAGCAAGUCGAUCAUGAGGAUGAAGAGUGGUCAGAUGUUUGCCAAGGAGGAUCUAAAGCGGAAGAAGCUCGUGCGGGAUGGGAGUGUGUUUCUGAAGAGCACAACAGGGAGGUUGAAAGAGGUUCAAGCGGUCCUGCUUACUGACAUUUUAGUUUUCCUUCAAGAAAAAGACCAGAAAUACGUCUUUGCAUCACUGGACCAGAAAUCAACGGUGAUCUCACUGAAGAAGCUAAUUGUACGAGAAGUGGCACAUGAGGAGAAAGGUUUGUUCCUGAUCAGCAUGGGGAUGAAAGAUCCAGAGAUGGUGGAGGUCCACGCCAGCUCCAAAGAGGAGCGAAACAGCUGGAUUCAGAUCAUCCAGGACACGAUCAACACCCUGAACAGAGACGAAGAUGAAGGAAUUCCUAGUGAGAAUGAGGAAGAAAAGAAGGUGUUGGACACCAAAGCCCGGGAGUUAAAAGAACAACUUCAACAAAAGGACCAGCAGAUCCUACUCUUACUGGAAGAGAAGGAGAUGAUUUUCCGGGACAUGACUGAGUGCAGCACUCCCUUGCCAGAGGAUUGCUCCCCAACUCACAGCUCUAGAAUCCUCUUCCGCUCCAACACAGAAGAGGCUCUCAAAGGAGGACCUUUAAUGAAAAGUGCAAUAAAUGAGGUGGAGCUCCUUCAGGGUUUGGUGAGUGGAAGCCUGGGAGGCACACUUGGGCAGGCUGUCAGCAGUCCUAUUGAACAAGAAGGCGUGGUCUGCCCUGUUUCCUUGCCCCGGAGGGCAGAGACCUUUGGAGGAUUUGACAGCCAUCAGAUGAACGCUUCAAAAGGAGGUGAGAAGGAAGAGGGAGAUGAUGGCCAAGAUCUUAGGAGAACAGAAUCGGACAGUGGUCUGAAAAAGGGUGGAAAUGCUAACCUGGUAUUUAUGCUUAAAAGAAACAGUGAGCAGGUCAUCCAGAGCGUCGUCCAUCUCCAUGAGCUCCUCAGCACUUUACAGGGAGUGGUGCUGCAACAGGACAGCUACAUUGAGGACCAGAAGCUGCUGCUGACCGAGCGGGCGCUCACGCGGACAGCUUCGCGGCCCAGCUCCCUCGUCGAGCAGGAGAAGCAGCGCAGCCUGGAGAAGCAGCGCCAGGACCUGGCCAACCUGCAGCGGCAGCAGGCGCAGCACCUGGAGGAGAAGCGGCGGCGCGAGCGCGAGUGGGAGGCGCGCGAGCGGGCGCUGCAGGAGCGCGAGGCGCGGCUGGCGCAGCGCGAGGACGAGCUGCGGCGCGGCCGCCAGGACCUGGAGCGCGAGCACGACGAGCUGCAGCAGCGGAAGGGCGCCUACCAGAGCGACCUGGAGCGCCUGCGCACCGCCCAGAGGCAGCUCGAGCGCGAGCAGGAGCAGCUGAAGCGGGAGGCCGAGCGGCUCAGCCCAAGGCCGGCCGAGCGGGAUGUGGGCCAGGUUUCACAUCAACACACCAAGAUGCUGAGGAUCCCAUCCUUCCUUCCGAAUCCUGAAGAGACCCCCUCGCCCCCUGCACCUUCGAUAGCCAAAUCAGGGUCAUUGGACUCAGAACUCUCAGUCUCCCCGAAGAGGAACAGCCUCUCUCGGACACACAAAGAAAAGGGGCCUUUUCACAUACUGGGUUCCACCUGCCAGACAAACAGAGUACCAGAGGGUCAGGGCCAGACCCCAGUGUCCAUGUCCACGUCCACCCGCCUGUUUGGGUUAGCUAAGCCAAAGGAAAAGAAGGAGAAAAAGAAGAAGAACAAAGGAAGCCGCUCGCAGCCUGGUGAUGGCCCUGCAUCGGAAGUACCUGCAGAGGGAGAGGAGAUCUUUUGUUGACCCCCGUUCCUCUGCCAAGGCAGCCGCCUCCUGUCCCGCCACGGUUACAGCCCCACGCCCUGCUGUCCUGUGCGCACACUCUCCUACACUGACGCCCGUACCCUGCAGCGUCCGGCCCUCUAGUGUUGCCCCAGGUCCUGGACCAGAAGAACAAAUGGUCUUGGGGGUCAGGGUGGGGACUGAGGCCCAGGAUUGACGCCCCAGCGGUUCUCGGUUUGGGGCCAGCCCUGCUGAGGAUGUUACACCAAGAGUAGUGGCCCCAGAAGUCCAGGCAAUGGUUUUGGACAUGUCAGGAAUUCCUAGAGGCUGAUAGUUUCCAAAUGCGAUCUGAAACUCUGACUGCCUUUUAUUUUGGGAAUCAGAACCAAAAAUCAAACAGCGGAUAAUUUGGACUUCAUCUGAACAUGUACAGUAGCCCAUCUGCACAUACACUUGGGGUGCGCCAGAGCUGUGCACAGUCUGUACCAGAUGCCUGGUGGGCUCAGCUCCGCACAAGGGGCGCUGCCUGCCACCGCUCAGGGAGCGCGCUCGGAGCCUCACCUGCUCGCCCUCCCAGGCUGUCUCCCUGUAAGCCCACUCCGUGCACGCCUCACCCCCUUUUGCGUGUAUUUCUCAUUUCACUUCAGCAGGGACGACAAACAUUUGUGAAAACCAGUGAGAGAAGGCUUGAUGUCUUUAAAAAACAGAUGGUCUUGAAACACCUUGAUUUUGGUGUUUCAGUCACUUUUAAAAACAUACCUAAUUUUAUCAAAUGCAGAAGAAAUCAUAUAUUGGCUUUUCAAGAUGUUUGCCCAUGUGUUCUGGGCACAGAUGAAGUAUAGAGGCCUCCCCACCAUCACUCGUGCAGUGUGACACUUUUUGGUUGUCACUGGCCAUUCAGAAGUGGCCGUGGCCUCCUGGCAGGAUUCCUGAGAUCUCCUGGUGGCUUCCCAGGGAAGCUGCUUCUGCCUGGUGGUCCCCGGGGGAGAGGGUGGCCCUGUCUGCACUUCUCCGCCCACCCAGGGGUCACCUGCUUCUCCUGCUGCCAGGGGGUGUGCACCCUGUAUUAGGCACCUGGCCGAGAAGCAGGUUCAGGUGGAGGUGUUAGGCCUAUAUGAAACGGUUCCCACCUGUACAGACCAAGAGACGAGCUGGCCCAGAAAGUAUGGCUUGGAAAGUUCUUCUGUCAGGAGGCCUGGCAAAAUUUGGUUUCUUUUGUAAAAUCUGAAGGCCUGUUGGUUCUUGUACUCUACCCCCUGAAGAUACCACAGAUGCCUCCUGUUUGUUCUUUCCCUUCUCUCUCUUUCUCUCGUCCCACUGUGUAUUGAUCUGUAUUCCUUGAGGCUUGUCACCAGCCGGGAGGUGCAGGACGUUUCUGCCUGAGGCCCCUGCACCUGUCAUACUUGUUACCUCCCAAUGAGGGGAGACCCUGGAAAGUUCUGUGCUUUAAAUGUGGCCUUUGAUUCCUGCCUUUUGCCCCUCAGGAGCAUGGGUCUUUGAACAUACUUUUUAAAAACAAAAAAAAUCUGUAACUUGGUGCUUGUUGAUGAAUUGCAAGCUGGCCUUGCUGAUGGAGAUAUUUAUCUUUCAGUUUAUUUGAAAGAGGUCUGGUUUAAAAUUUUUAGCUUAGAUUUGUUUUAUUUAUUUGUGUGUGUUUGUGUGUGUGUGUGUGUGUGUGUGUGUGUGUGUGUGUGUGUGUGUUUUAAGGGUAAACACACCAGCUCAACGGUUUCAACUGUCCAGUCAAGCAGCUGGCGCUGUUUCCUUACUCCUCCAAAGUGCCUGGAAGGCCCAAAGGAAAAUUAAGGGUUGGGGGAGGGGUCUGUUUCCUUCCCUCCUCCCACCCCCACCUCAUUCUUUGAUCAAGGGAUGUCUUCUUCCUUGCUUGAGAGUUAAAAAAAACUCACCACCCAUGGGCUACAUUUGCCUAGUUUUGUCAUGGAGAUUUCUUACCCUUCAGAAGUACACUUUAAGAAUAGAACCAGCUGAUUUUCUGUUGAACCUUGACAUAUCCCCCAGGGACCCUAAACAGCAAAAGGUUAGGUUGCUUCCUGCCACCAGUCUGUACAACCGGUCUUUCCUCAGAUCCACAGGGAGCUCAGCUGUCUGUCCUUGCCCCUGGCCUGAGUUCACCUCUGGUCCCCAUCCCACAGAGAGAAGCUCUGUUGGAAGCAGGGAUGGUGAAUGAGGCCCUGCAUCCCCUUCCCUCUGUCGGUGCAGGCCUGGGCUGAAACCAGGGCUCAGCGCUGAUGGGAUUUGCCCUCACGCAGGCUCUUCACAAAAAGCACACUGGACACUGAGUUUCUGUACACUGCUACACAACUGGAUUUGAAUUUUAAAGUGUCUUUUACUGCCAGCCAGUUGUGAAGUUUCGGUUGCCUUGGUUGUUUGGUGGUAGUUUUUUAAUAAUGGUGAUUUCCCCUCCACCUGCACCACACUGACUUAAAAUAAUUCGGUCAGCUUGUGGUUGGACAAGUUUAGAAUCCGAAUCAUAAGGCAUCUGCCCCAAAACAGUCUUUGGUGCAGAGAAAGAAGCCCUUACCCAGACCCGUGCUUCUCCGUGCCUUUUUCCCCCUUUGAUAUGGAACUUAGCGAUUUUGUUGUUGCGCUUGGGGAACCGCCUGGCAUUGUUGCUGCUCCUGCUUUUGCUCAUGACCUUGAGGCCUCCUCUGACCUUGAGGCCUGACCUGGUUGCUAAAGUUUCCUUCCUGUGAGAAGGGGCUGCCUCCCAGGGCAACUCAGACUCGGUUCUCCACAGUGUCCCCAUGCUAGGAAUCCAUGCUUCUCUAGCUCAGGAAAUCAGAUGCCUGACCUUGCUUGUGUUUAGGUUUUGGGGGACAGAUGGAGACAUCAUCCAGAGUCCCCAGAUUUCUAGAAUCGAGUGAGUUGCCUGGAAGGAGGCCUCAUCUUCUCUCAAAACUUACAUCAUCUCAGUGGUCGUCUUCCCCGGCAGGUGACCUGUGCACUUUAAAUGCUCCCUGCGGUCAGCUUCACUUCCGAGACAAUCAUCUGUGCUGUUUUCUGUGAAAAUGUAGAGGGUUAGAAACAUGCAGAUUGCCAUAAUGCAGCCUUUGCCAGCAUUCCAUCCUCCACUCCCAUAACAGCUGUCUGUGGGGAAGAAAUCCUUGUCAAGAUUUUUUUUGGAAAGGUACGACUCUUACCUUUUUUCCUCUUGUGUCUCAGGGUAAUACCACUAAACGUCGUUCUUUUGCUGAUAUUUCUCCCUUAUUUGUAAUCGUCCCAAGCCUCUAGUGUUAGCAGUAGUGAGCACACAUUGUUAAGACCCUUGGGGUUUAUUGAAUCUUUAUGUGGAGAGUGGGUAUUCGUGUGUAGGGUUUAUAAAUAGGCUCCGCCUUAAAUAAAAGCACCAUAACUUUAGGGGCCAGAACUCCAUCCUGAAGGUGCCAUGCACGGAAGUACUUUAUAUUUCAUCUGUUGGUCACAAAGAUUCUUUUUGCAUAGCCAGUUCUUUCUCCCCAAGGAUUUGGUAUUGGCCUUGGAGCUGCAGUUGUGGAUACAGUGUUGAUGGGGGUGCCACUUGUGCCCUGAGGACAGCCAAGCCCAGGGAUUGGGGGAGGGUGGUGGAGAGAGGACGGUCCUGGUGAGUAGGCUUCAGCAGCCAUGAAGAGGACAGCUUGGAGGGCACCCCAGACACUGCCAAGGGGGUAUGGACCCCGCCCAUGCCUGGACACCCUGGGAAUGUGGAAACCCAGAAAGAACCCUUCCGAUUCCACGGUGGCAGUGGUUGAGGGAUGUGUGCCUUGCCUUCCUGCAGCAGGACAGUGUGACACACACACCUGUGGUCCUGGGGUUGCAACCCCACCUGGCGCUAUUGCUCUGAUUGACCCAGGGAGACAAAGUAGAGGGCACAGAGUUUGUUUUGGUUUGGUUCUUCAUUUUCUUUCAGUGUAGCAUAACAUUCCUAGUUAACCAGAGCUUUGGGAUCGACUGCCUGCUGGCCAGGUUUUAAAGUGAAAAAUAUUUUACUGCUGCCAUAAGAGUUAAAAAAAAAAAAAAAAAAGAGGAAGGGAAAAAAAAGACAAAGGCUUCUUUCCAUGUACCAAUCGAAUUUAACUUGUCAAAAGCUUGACAGGCCUUGAGUUAGUUCUCCAUCUCGCUAAGGUUUAAAGACGGACAGACCCAGCUGGCUAAAGUCUCUCCUGCCACAGAUGGUGACCUGCUCCAGAUACCCAGGCUGAGCCCAGCCUCUGCUCACCCAGUUCUCACCCCGAUUGAGUGCCUCUGCAUUUUGUGACCACCUGCCGGGAUGGGCAGCUCCAGAGCACUGACGGGCCUGCCUGGUCGGCUGGCCCGCAGUCACAGUUCAGCCUGAGGUUUCCGGCGUGUCACCCCGCCGGGCCCGCAGGAGACACCAGGACAUGCAGGAGGGCGGUUACCAUACACCUUAUACCUCUGCUCUCAUUCGUUGUUUUCAAAUGCUAAAGGAACAUUUCUGUGCUGAAUCCUAUUAAAUGAAAAGGGGUUAAAACCUAGAUGCUGUAUAUUAAUUUGUAAUUAUGUAUAAAGUAAAGCAGUUUUAAACUAUAAAGAUUUUUUUCAGUGUGUGUUUUCUGGAAUUUUGCCACAACAUACUGGCAUUGUAUUUUAUUUAUCUUCCUUUCUAGUUAUUGGCUUCAGUCCCUUGUAAAGUCCCCCCUACCCUUUCAAAAAAAAAUAAUAAAUGUCCUAUAAGUGUUGAUGGUGCCUGUGUU